AUGGCGCACGGCGGAUAUGCCAACCGGAGGGUUGCGGAGCGGAAGACGACGGCCGGAACUAGUCGGAGAUCGAAGAAAGGAUUGUGUGUGGAGAAGAAACCGAAGAAUUCCUCUCUCAAGAAUCAAAUUCGUUCCAUUAGCCGCAUGAUUCGUAAAGAUCUUCCUCCUGAAGCAAGAGAGGCUCUAGAAAUGAAGUUGGAUGAUCUGAAGAAGCAGCAAGACGUCCAUAUCCGUCUUGCUGUUGAACGUAAAAUCUUCCUAAGAAACAGAAAGAUCAGAUUCUUUGAGCGGAGGAAGAUUGAAAGGGGAAUAAGACGUCUCGAGAAGCUACAGCGCAAUACAUCUGGUGGUCAUGUGCAAGAUGCUGAGAUAGGUGGGCAACUCAUUCAGCUCAAAGAAGACCUUGAAUAUGUUAGGUUCUUCCCCAAAAAUGAGAAGUAUGUAUCACUAUUUUGUGGAGGUGAUGAUUUGGAAGUAGCUGAGCGCAGAAGUAAAUUGCGGAAGCAAAUCAAAGCCAAUAUAAUUGUUGCUGCUGCCAGUGGGAAAGAGUUGGAAGAGACAGGGAGUGAAGAUGAUGGGCUUUUAGACCUGAGUGAUGAUGACUUCUUUGUCAACGGAAGUUCGAGUGAGGAAGCAGAUGCGGAUGAUGAGUGGACUGAUAAAAGCACAAAGGAGCCGGUUUCUAGUGCUUCUGGCAGAGCAACAUCGGGCAUGUCCAGUGAUGAAAGAAAUCAGAGGCCAAACACUACCAGGGUUCUAAUGCCACCACCACUGUCAAGGUUUGCAUCAACAUCUCGGAAGUAUUCAUCUGUCAGGAGGAAUGAGAUACCUUCCACCAGCAACACUUCACAUAGAAGAAUUCAGUCUUCACAUGCUUCCACAAGCUUGCAUACCAGUCAGAGUAGCAACUUGAGUUCUAAUUCUGAUGCUCACAAACCCAAGAGGAAGAGAAGGCCUAAGAAGAAGAAGCAACAUGCGUGA